CUAUAAGUCCCCAAACUCUACGUUUUUUCUCUCUCUCACCAUUCCUCCAAUAUAACUUUUUAGGGAGGGAGAGAGAGAGAGAGAGAGACGGAGGAGGAAGGAGGAGAGGAAGAAGAAGACGGACUCUGUUGCUUCUUCAGUUGUGUUUUCCACUGAUGUCCUUAGAUCAACAUAGUGGUACAUAUCAUCAAAAGUACAGGACAAAUGCCAUCAAUAAAAAUGAAGGCCAAGUUAAGCCCGAGCUGUUUAAGAGAAAAACAUUGUCUGCGUGUUUGUCAGAAAUCUAGUGUCAUCUCUAAGAAAGAUUGUACCCACCUGAGGGGUUCUGAAGAGUCAGAUGAAUUUGAUGGCUGUAUUAGAAAAUGUCUGGAGGCUUCUCUAAACACAGAAUCUAUUAAUAGCAAUAUAAAUCAGAAAGCCAUUAAUCACCAUGAAGCUGUUGACGAAGAAACUUCUGAAUUGAAGAGGCACGGAGAAACUUUUGAGUUGAAGAGGGAAGAACCUUUUUCAGUAAAUGCUGCAGAUAUGAAUGGAAUGGACUGCACCUCAACCAACUCUUCUGAAAUAGAAGCCAUUUUUUCUCCUAUUUUGAAUAAUGUUGACAUCCAAUGCCAUCCUAUUAUCGAACAUGAUCCAGGGAGCAAACUUGAUAGAGAUAUACCAGGAAUGGAAAUUGAUGAAGGGAAAAAUAGCAGAAGCUCACAUGACAGUCAAACCUGUGACAUAUCAGAUUUUUUUAUUUCUGACAUGAUAGUUGCAAAUUUACCUUUAUGUGAAAAUGAUGACAUUUGCGACAUCAAUUAUUUUCAUGACUACAAAUAUACUCAAUCGAGUGUAUUGUCUGAUGUUGCUGAUCAGUAUAUGAUACUGCCUUUCCUUGAGGACACCAUGAAAUUCAGCAAUUCAGAUGAUGCUAAAUGUUCUGAUGAAUCAGCCAUUGGUUCUGGUAAUUCUAGCUUGUAUAGAGUUAUUGAUCAAAGGAAUAAUUUGAGCCUUGAAUUCAGUGUUAGCUCAGAGUCAGAUCAGACAGAGUGUUUUGAUCCCCAGUUGUUCAUAAAAAAUUUACCAGAACUUUCAGAAGUGAUUUCGAACUUUCAGCCCAGCAUAUUGCCCAAUGAAGAUCGGAAACGAAAGGCUGUGACUCUUGUACUUGAUUUGGAUGAAACAUUAGUUCACUCUACUUUGGAACCGCAGGAUGAUGCAGACUUCCGCUUUACUGUCUGCUUGAACAUGAAAGAGCACAUUGUAUAUGUUAAACGGAGGCCAUAUCUUCAAAUAUUUCUGGACCGUGUUGCAGAGAUGUUUGAAGUUGCUAUCUUUACAGCCAGUCAAAGUAUUUACGCAGAACAAGUCCUCAACAAACUGGACCCGGACAAUUGUAUUAUCUCACGGCGACUUUAUCGUGAAUCAUGCAUCUUUUCAGAUGGAUGUUACACCAAGGAUUUGACAGUUUUAGGCAUUGAUUUAGCAAAAGUUGUCAUUGUAGAUAAUUAUCCACAGGUUUUUCGAUUACAAGUGAACAACGGUAUUCCUAUUAAGAGUUGGAUUGAUGACCCCUUGGAUUCUGCUUUAAUUUCAUUGCUUCCAUUUCUGGAGACCCUGGUUGAUGUUGAUGACGUGCGCCCUAUUAUUGCCCAGAGAUUCGGUAACAAGGAAUAAGAGCCCUUCAUAUUUCUUAUUCUGUUGUUCUUGAGUAUGGUGGCUCCUUGUCCUCUCUCUUUUUCACUGCAAAAUUAGCUUCUGAUCUUUAGAUGCUUAUCUCUCUCUCACCAUUGAGCUCAAAUUAACUAUUGAAUAAACUUGUUUGUCUUUCUUUGUUGAGUCAGACCUAGGUGCUUGUUUACUUUCUUUUUUCUUUCCUCUUGCUGACUAAAGUGUGCUUUGUCUCAUUUUUUGGGUGAAGUUAGGUCUAGGGAAUGUCUCUUUAAUUUUAUUGUACAGUUCAUGUGCGUAGUCAUAUAUGAGAAAGAAUGUAUAUGAAUUUUAAUAUUGUGCAAAAUAAUUCUUGCAGGCUGUUGCUUUCUCUCUUCUCUGCUUUUCUCAGUGUUAUCUAAUUUUAUCUGGUAUUUUGGAAUGCUUUCUUUUAAUUAUCGGAUUUAAAUCUUUGUCCAUUUCAUUAAUUAGAAUAUGGAACCUCAGACUUGGAUCUUCUCUUUCUUCCAUCUGAUACUACAUAAGGUAACUGUGUCAUUAAUUUUGAAAAUUUUACCACGUCAUUUAUACUUGAUGUAGAGUCAGUUCCUGAAAUAAGGAUUCUAUUAGUAUUUAAGCUGUGUAGAAAAACUGAAAACAACAAAUUCUGAAGUGAGCUGCGUAAAAAGUUAGGAUUUGUCAUAUUUCAAAUAGUGGAAACUUGGAGCUAUUGAGCCUAAUGGUUAGAGCCGUUCGUUUCAAUCAAAUUGUCAAGAGUUCAAAUUUGAAUUCUCAUGCAUAGUUAUUAGCUUUAUGGUUGUCAAAUAUUUUAAAGCUACAUGGAAGUUCCAUAAUAAAAUUUGAUAGGUCAAGGGGUUUGGGUGUAUUAUGGAGAUUGAGAGGUUUAUAAUUGAUUGGUGAAUGUUGCUACUCAAGAAAAAACAAGAAAACUAUCGCAGAGCAGACCACUGAACGUAUAUUAAUCUCAAUCAAUUGAUAAUUGGUGGAUUUCUUUUUGACACUUUUGGCACUUUGACAGUCAUGCUCUUAGGACAUUAUCGUAUGUGACUUUUCAAUUGAUAGAGAAUUGAGAUUAAUGUUAAGAGGUUUCAUGCUAUGAAGUAUGUUCAGUCUUAAUAUCUUCACCUAAUAGUUACCUGGAACAAACUAAAACGUUGCCUUUAUUUUUUUUAUUAUUGUUCUUUAUCUAGUUUGUACUUUAUGUUGGGGUUGAAGCAUGGACAUAUUCAAGUUUAAUGCUGUUCUUUAUUUCACUUCUAUUAUCUUUUUAUUUACAAGUCAUGACUAAGUUAAUUUGAUUCCUUUAACGUGUUCUUUUCAUCUUACUCAUGCUUCAUACCAUAUUGUUCCUGGUUGACUCACUCUUGUGUUCUACAUGUUCAAUAAUUCUGCAGCGUUGUACCUUAUAGAUGGAAAUGGGUGCGGGGGGUUUUACUGAUAGCAAACCAGGCUUCCUAUUUGGAAAAUUGAAAAAAAAAAUGAAAUGAAAAGAAAAAGAAGUAAAGAAAAGAAAAGAAAAGAACAGACAAGAUAAGAUAAAAGAAAGAAAGAAAAACAUAGAGAGGUGGGGGAUCCUGCCUGAUCAAGGCUUGCUAUGUAAAUUGCUACCAACUUGCCUAGCAGCACAUCCUGGGCAGUUCAACCAAAAGAAAAAGAAAAAAGAAAAAGAGAGAAAAAAUGAAAAAAAAAAAAGAAAAAAAAAAGAAAAAAAAAAAGGAGAAGAACGAAGAAGAGAACUCCAGUAUUGAAGAUGAUGGUACCUAUUUUCUCUUAGUAUAUUAUAUUUUGCAUGAUGCAAACAUUUAUGAACAUGCGAAUCUUUGUUAUUCACACUUUAUCUGCUAUACUAUACCAGUUUGUGAAAUUUUCUUUAAAAAAGUGUGGAAAUGAAUAUUGCUUCGAUGUUAGGUGAUGUAAGUUAAAUACAAAAGGAACCUAAUUUAUAUAUAGGACAAAUGCAUAUUAGCUGCUAUUUCCGGCUUGAUACACGCAGCUGAUCUUGGUGAAGCAGCAUCGAUGAGGACGAAAUCCCUGCUCGUAACUUUCCAUUACUAUUUCAGGAAAACAUUGUCCCAGCUGAAGGAAUGCUUUAAUAUAAGAAGGGAUAUUUCUUGAUGUCUUUGGAUUGCAUGAUUUAGCAUAUUGAUAGAUGAUGAGUGCUAUCCUUUAUGCUAUAAGACUUUGUGUGGUUUCUCUGCAGGUCGUUUGAAGGGCCAGUUCUAAAUUUCUGCAUAUGGAAAAAUGUUAGGAAGGAAAGGUUUUGAUGCUUCGAUUAGAUACAAAGAAGGUCUUAAUGCAGAGAGGCAGGGCCAAGGCCGAAGUUGGAGAACGAACUUGACAAGUGCAUCAUAUUCUAUCCAUCAAUUUCUUCAUAUUGUACAUAAACUUUCAUCUUUUAAAAAGCGUUGUUCUCAUCUUUUUAAAAAA